AUGCCUGCCCUCGCUUCGACCGACGCAUCCGCGCCGCCAGACACGUCCACAGGCAUCGUGGCCAACGAGACAGUGCCCCAGGAGGCCGAUGCUGAGAAGGGCCUCGCGCCGCUUCAGCCUGGGCCCCAUGAGAAGCAGUCUGACCCCGGGCCCGCCACCCAGACCUCUGCUUUCAAGGCGCUGGGCUGGCUCGACCGGCUGCUAGCCCUCUGGAUCUUCCUCGCCAUGGCCAUUGGAAUCAUACUGGGCAACUUUGUCCCCAAAAUUGGCCCGGCCCUCCAGCAGGGCAAGUUUGUCGACGUGUCCAUCCCUAUUGCCAUUGGACUGCUCGUCAUGAUGUAUCCGAUCCUGUGCAAGGUCCGCUAUGAGGCGCUACCCGAGGUCUUCUCGCACCGCGCUAUCUGGAAGCAAAUUGCCUUUAGCAUCUUCAUCAACUGGAUCGUGGCCCCCUUUCUCAUGCUUGGUCUCGCAUGGGCGUUCCUCCCGGACGAAGAGGGCUUGCGCGAGGGUCUCAUCCUCGUUGGCCUCGCCAGGUGCAUAGCCAUGGUCCUCAUAUGGAACGGACUUGCGGGCGGGGACGCAGAGUACUGCGCCAUCCUUGUGGCCGUCAACUCAAUUCUGCAGAUGGUCCUCUAUGCACCAAUGGCUAUCCUUUUCAUAAGCGUCAUGGGCGGCGACGCGGCGGCCAAUGUCAUCUCGUACUCGGUCGUUGCCACGAGUGUCGCCGUCUUCCUCGGCAUCCCUCUGGGCGCCGCCGUGAUCACCCGCUUCGUCCUACGCAAGCUGGCCGGCGCAGAAUGGUAUGAUAGCGUCUUCCUGCGCUUUCUCUCCCCGUGGGCGCUCAUUGGCCUGCUCUAUACUGUUCUCGUUCUUUUUGCAUCGCAAGGUCGCCAGGUCGUCCAGCAGAUUGUGUCUGUCGUUCGCGUGGCCGCACCGCUUAUCGUCUACUUUAUCGUUGUCUUCUUCGUCACCCUGUGGAUAGCACGCCGUGCCGGUUUCAGCUACCCGCUGUCCGCGACGCAGAGCUUCACGGCGGCUAGCAAUAACUUUGAGCUGGCCAUUGCCGUCGCCGUUGCAGCGUACGGGCCGGACAGCCAGCAAGCACUGGCCGCGACGGUGGGACCCUUGAUUGAGGUGCCGGUAUUGAUCGGGCUGGUGUAUCUGGUGCGGAUGGUGGCCAGGCGAUGGGAGUCUAGCAAGGUAUGA